CCAAAAGAGACUCACCAGAUUAAAAAACGCUUAGCCCUUUUUUAUUUUAUUUUCCCUUUUUCCUUACUUUUAUUUCUUUUUAUAAAAAAUGGACCAACCAGGUGGAAUAAAGGUGGUUGAUGCCGAACCUCAAGCUGCCAACAAUAACCAAACUGCAUCUUUGAAUGCUAAUGCACUUUUAAACAAUACUUUGGAUGGGUUUGCCAACUUGAGUUCUCGUUUCAACCCUUUUGCACAAAAGUUAAAUAAGGGUCUUGGUCAAGUGAGACAGUAUGCUCAAGAGAAAUUAGGUACAGCAGAAAAUGUCACCGAGUUACCUCAAGAAUACAAGGAUUUAGAAAAGCGCCUUGAUGCACUUCGCAAUGUUCAAACCAACUUGCUCAAGGUAUCUCGUACGUACGGAACACCUGGUUACGAUUAUCCAGUUCAACUUCAAGAUACCUUGUAUGGUAUGACCAAUACCGUGACUCGAGAGAUCCAACAUUUAGCUUUAAAUAACACUACCCCUGCUUCUGACCGUGCUGUCGCUCCUGCUGCUGUUGUCGAAGAACCAAAGACAUUACUUCAUGGUCUUGCCCGUGUCGCCUCUCAAGGCGCUGAAUCAGUUGGUGUAGAUGAACCUUUAGGCACCGCACUUUUCAAGUACGCCACCAUGACCGAAAAAGUAGCAGAUGCUCGUGUUAGAAUGGAUCACCAGAUUGUAGAGCAUUUCAAUAAACCUGUUCAAACAACUUUGAAUUCCUCCAUCGAACAAGCUUUGAAAGCCAGACGUAACGUACAAUCCAUUCGUUUAUCCUUGGAUGCCUGUAAGGCCAGAUAUCGUUCUGCUCGUCCUGAACGUUCUGAAAUUGCUCGUUUGGAAGUCGAACAAGCAGAGGAUCAAUUCGUUGCUGCUGUGGAAGAAGCUACUAACUUGAUGAAGGCUGCUAUCGAAAACCCUGAACCUUUCCGUAAUUUGGCCGAUUUAGUGGCUGCUCAACUUCAAUAUUUCAAAGAAGCACAAGAAAUCUUAUCUGAUCUUGCUCCCGAGUUGGAUGAAAUUCAAGUCACUCAAGAAUCCUUGUACAGAAAUAGUCGCGUCUAAAACUCACAUAUCAAAAUCACAUAUAUUAAUAAUAAAAACACAAGAUAAACAAACUCUUUUUCACGUUAACCAUUCUCAAGGCAUCGUAAAUCAUUCAGAGUAGGUUUCUAAAAUAGUUUGGGCAUGUAAAGAUAACAUAGUAUGAUUUGUUUUCUUUUUUCUCUCUUUAAACAAGCAAUAGUCAGAACACACGCACAUAUUUGCGCUUACUAUUAAAACGAUCAAGCGUCCUUUUUCUUUUGGUUAGCAAUCGUUUAAAAUGUAUCUUUAAUUGCUCACUAUUUUAGCCGACUCAAGUAAUAUGAACCUGUAAAUUGGUGUUCUGAAUGAAGACCAAAAUGUUUGCGCAAGUACCGACUAGUUAUUGAAGGAUCGAGUGUGGCCAACUACAAGCAAGUUUCAGUUUCAAGAUACUAUUGUAGUCUAUGGUCUCUUUCCCUAAUCGAUCAUUCACACACUCUCUCUCUCUCUCUUUCUCUCU